CUCUUCUCCUCUUCAUCGUCUCUUCUUGCUCUCACUAGGGUUUCAGUUCGCACCGAUCAAAUCAAAGGCGUAGCUUCCAUGUCAGGCAAUUCCAACCGCACCGUCUACAUCGGCAACAUUGACGAGAGGGUCAGCGACAGGGUGUUGUACGAUAUCAUGAUUGAAGCUGGUCGAGUCGUAGAUUUACACAUCCCUCGGGAUAAAGAAACCGAUAAGCCCAAAGGCUUCGCGUUCGCCGAGUAUGAAACUGAGGAGAUCGCCGAAUACGCCGUCAAGCUCUUCUCCGGUCUUGUCACUCUCUACAACCGAACUCUCAAGUUCAAUAUAUCUGGGCAGGACAAGUUUCCGCCAAACUCGCAGUCUGCUGCGAUUUCGGGUCACAGGGCAGGGACCAGACCUCAUUCUCUGUCCUUGGAAAAUACAGAAAUGGUUAUGGGUAUGGCUCCGCAUUCAGAGAGGUUCUCUGCUGCCUCUCCUUUGUAUCCUCCUCCUCCUCCUAUGGAUUACUACUCUCAAGAACCGCCUCCGCCUGGGGUAUCACCUCACUCUAAUGGGUAUGGGCAUUUUCCGAACGGAGAGUACAGCAGGAGGGCUCUUGGUUCAACGCUGGAUAGCAUCAGUCGGUCCAGUCCGCGCUGGCAUUGAACUAAUCACUAACAUAACGUUUCUUGUCAUGGUUGAUUACCGGUAAUUCACUUCCUGAUGAUUGGAUAUAGGAAGGUGUCUGUGUUUUAGUGAUGCUUGUGGAUAGAAGAAGAGCAAAAUGGUAAGUCGGUAUUGACACACGGAUCCUGAACACGACCAGUGUUGGAUCGCACAGCAAGAACUCGUUCGUUAACUCUUGUGUAAAGGCAGAAUGUUUUUCAGGUUAAUGGUACAAAUCAUGUCACGAGACAUACGAUGUUCUCGCAAAUGGUGUAAAAGUAAUGAAAGGGUGCUUUUUCUACA